AUGCGCGAGGCAGGGUACACGGCCCUCGCGCUCGCUGCCACGGGGGGCGCGGCCGCGGGCCUGGCGGCUGCCUGGGCGGCCGGGUAUUUGACGUGGAGGGCGAAGCCGCGCCGCGUGGGGAGCAUUCAGGAGCACCUCCAGCACCUGGGGUCAGACCUCGAGAUCCAGUUGGAGCGGGCAAAGGAGGAACUAGCGAAGGAGAAGGAGAAGCGGGCCGCGGACCGGCAAGGGAGGAUACGAGCGGAGCGCAACUUGAGGCGGGCAGUCCAGAAGCCCAAGGAUGGCGGAAGACCCUCAAACUUGGUUCGUGAAAUCACGUUGAGUCCAGGAGAGGCGGGGGACGCCGCGGAGACGGCAGCGGCGGUGGCGCAGGCGGUCGCGGAAGGCACGGGCGACAGCGUGCAGGCCCGCGCGGACGCGUACCCGCUGCGGCCGAUCGGACACCUCGAGUCGUGUUUCCGGCAGCGCAACGGCACGCCCCGGCAGCCGCAGCUGGUGCCGCUCGCGCGCUGCCGGCUGCACCUGGCGUCGGAGGUACCCCGGGCGGCGCUGGAAGGGUUGGAGUUGUACUCCCACGUGUGGAUAUUGUACGUCUUCCACGCCAACACAGACAUCGCGAAUCUGUGGCACGCGCGCGGCAUCACCCCGAAGGCCAAGGUCAAGGUGCCGCGCCUCAACGGGGAGAGGCUGGGGGUCCUGGCGACGCGCACCCCGCACCGGCCGUGCCCGAUCGGGCUCUCGACGGCGCGCGUCCUGCACGUGGACGUCGGCGCCGGCACGGUGCUGCUCGGGGGCGCCGACGUCGUCGACGGGUCCCCCGUGCUCGACAUCAAGCCCUACGUACCCUUCUGCGACAGCCUACCAGACGCUACCGCGCCCGAGUGGGUCACGCGAGAAGCCGAAGACGAGCCGCUCGCGAUCCAGUCCGUCCUCUUGGGCCCCGACGAGGCGCAAGCGCUGGAGGGCGCGUGGCAGCAGGCGCGCUUGCGCGGAGCGUCCCUGUACGCAGACUUCGCGGAGUUCCGCCAGUUCGUGCUGCAGGUCCUCGGCCGCGACAUCCGCUCCCUGAAUCAGCGGCUCAACGGCAUCGGGUCCUCCAAGCCGGGGUCCAGCAACGACGUGCGGAUGUACGCGCGAUCGCACUCCGCGCGGCGGCUCGCGGCGUCGACCACGCCGGCGCCCGGCGGGGGCGGGAGCGUGUUCAGCCACACGACAGCGGCGUCGCCGCUGUCUGGCCGCGCCGACGACGGCGCGGGGAACGGCAGCGGCGAGUCGGGGGGGAGUGUUGACCGAGGUAGAAGCAGGAGUGCGUCCGUUGGCGUCUACGGGGCGGACAUGUCGCCGGGAACCACGAUGGGCGAAGGUGGUGCGCUGAUGCCGGAGGGGUACUACAGUGUGUGUGUAGAGGGGGUCGUCGUUACGUACGACGUGUUGGAGCACCCCCGGCACGUGAUGGUGCGGUCGUCGCACCCCGCGGUUGACGAGCGGGACUCGGUCGGAGAGAGCACGACGUGA